AUGUAUUUCAAUAAGAUUGUAUUGUUUAUUACUAUAUCAAUAGUGAGCGCAAAUAUAAUCAGGGUGCCAACUAAUAUCGAGCAUAAUUGGCGAUCAAAUGGUCGUAAUUUUACGGGAAAGGUAGUUUUGGUGACCGGAAGUAGCUCUGGCAUCGGAGAGAUCACCACUAAAGAGUUCUCCAGAUUAGGGGCCAGUGUUGUGGUCACCGGUAGGAAUGCCACAGAUAUUAGUCGCGUGGCUAAAGAGGCUCAACAAUUAUCUCCAUAUAAACUAAAGCCAUUAGAAAUUGUGGCCGAUUUGGCAAAACCUGAUGACGUGAACCGAUUGGUCAACGAAACCAUUGAAACGUUUGGAAAGUUAGAUGUAUUGGUGAACAACGCGGCCAUUGGUCUCCUGGCGACCAUUGAUGACAAGAAUCUGACCGAUGUUUUCGAUGCUGUUAUGGCGGUCAACCUGAGGGCCCCCUUACAGCUCAUACAACUGGUCCACCCCUACCUAAACACCACCAAUGGCUCCAUUAUUAACAUGGGUGGUAUACGUGACUCUAGUAUUGACAUAAGAGCCGUACCGAUAGGUGUGGCCAAAGUAGGCAUCGAUUACUCGGUCAAAGUGCUAGCCGUGGCGUUGGGACCAAGGAUUAGGAUCAAUGCCGUUGAUCCGGGCCCUAUAUUGACUGAAUCGUUGAAAAAGUAUUUGACUCCCGAGGAACUGGAUGCUAUUGCCCGACAGAUACCACUUAAACGCAUUGGACAGCCUAUAGAUGUGGCCAAUGGUGUGGUGUAUUUGGCCUCAGAUGACGCCCGGUAUAUAACGGGCACUAAUCUGGUCAUUGAUGGCGGACUGACUGUUAUAUAA